AGAAGCACAUUCACAGAUGUCUCUGCACGCGUCUCAACCGUCAUGACAAGGCAGCCCGCUUCUGUGUGAGCAGAGAGGCACAGAGAGAUUCAGAGAGACUAAGAGAGGAGACGGGUGGGAGGGAGAGCAGGAGAAAGAAGAGGAGAGGGCAAAACACAUAUAUCGCUUCCACUCUGAGGUUUCUGCUCAUGAGUCUGAUCGGGUGUGUUUUAAGCAAAAGAAGAGGAAAAAGAGGGAGGACAAUUCAUCCUGAGAGCUUGAAUCAUCUCUUUGCUUGAAAUUUGGCUCUUUUUUAACUCCAUCCCCCAAUGAAUAAAGGUGGCUUCUACUAACACGACACAGUGAUAUAGAGGGAUGCUUUGAACGCUGCCUCUCUUUCAACAAGGGGCAAGAAAGAGGAAGAGGGGGAAGACGGCAUACAGCAAGGAAAAAAUAAACUGGAUUUCUAGGAUGACUCUGAGUCGACUUGGAAGGUUGGAAUACAAGCCUCACGCCAAAGUCUCUGAAUGAGGGGCUAGGCCUGAGGAUGUAAAACUGUGGGGAGAUUUCGGAUGUCGCUCAUGACGCAUCUUCUAUUCCUCUUGACCACCUUGAGCUGUGAACAUCUCCGCUCCUCUACUGUCAAGCUCACACAACGGAUCGUGACAGGAGCUGAGGGCACUGGAGGCCAGGAAAACACCAAAGGAGGGGCCUGAGACUGCUCCUGCUUGGCUUUGGGUGGCCUGUCUGUCCAAGCAAUCAGAAGAAGAGAAUUAGGCAAUGGUGAAGGGCCAUGGAGGCACUCACUGUUAGGUAGCCCAUUGGGCAUGGAGUGUGUCCUUCUCAGCCACGCAUCAACAGUACUGCAGUGAUCCAGUUCUGACUGUGGGUAAUCCAGAGCCAAACAACCAAUCCUUGAGAUGUCGAAGAGAAGAGAUAUUCUUGCCAUCGUGUUGAUCGUGUUACCCUGGACUCUACUCAUCACUGUUUGGCACCAAAGUGCUAUAGCUCCACUCCUCGCUAUCCGAAAGGCCUGUCACCACCUAGUAAAAGAGAUCUUUAUCAUUCCAGAGAGGCUUGCGGUCCACCACCACCGACUCUCAGAUGAUGGUGCCGAGGGCAAGAGGGAGACCGGUGGUCAGGACUCCAAAGAAUACUGUGCCUCAGAUAAGGACAUUGUGGAGGUGGUGAGGACAGAGUACGUGUACACGCGGCCUCCACCUUGGUCAGAUGUGUUGCCCACAAUUCACAUCAUCACUCCCACAUACAGCCGACCAGUACAGAAAGCAGAGCUGAUCCGGAUCGCAAACACUUUUCUCCAUGUCCCAAACUUGCACUGGAUUGUGAUAGAAGACUCACAGAGGAGAACACCUCUAGUUACAAGUCUCCUCCGAGAAACAGGGUUAAACUACACGCACCUCAAUGUGGAGACGCCUAAGAACUUUAAGAUGCGAGGUGACACUCGUGAUCCCAGGAUUCCCAGAGGGACCAUGCAGCGGAACCUGGCCCUGCGUUGGCUUAGGGAGACCUUCAAAAACAACAACAGCCAGCCGGGCAUCGUCUACUUUGCAGAUGAUGACAACUCAUACAGCCUGGAGUUGUUUGAGGAGAAUCCUCCCUGCAGACCGCACUCAAACUGGAACAGGAAACUGAGUCUAAAUCCCGAGGCUGGCAAGCAUUUGCAAAAGUGGAGCAACACCACACUGGAAACUGUGUACAAACCCAUCAUAUUCGCCUGACUGAGACUGGGAAAACGUGGUUGCAUUUUCAUUUGCUUGGCUGCCAGCAGAAGAGGGGAUUUGUGUCGUUUCACUCCGACUGAUAUUCCCUCCAGAAGAAGCAGGCGGAACGCUCAUUUUCACAUUUCCAGUAUGGAUGCAAGAGUGACAAACCUCUUGACACCGCCUGCGAGGGCUCUGAUUUGUUGUUUCCUCUUGUUAGAAGCUGUACAUAUAUCCUCAUGGAUAAGCUGGCAGGUGAUGGCGAGGCCAGCAUUUACUCGCUGCCAAAAAACAUUAAUCCUGAAAACUGUUCGAUCUAUGCUGUGUAGCUACCAAAAUUCACUGGAGACCAAAAAGACAGAAUAAGAGCGUGAUGAAAGAAUAUGUUGGUUAGACAAUGCGACCAACGGUAUAUGAUAUUUUUAGCCCCACCGUGCACAUAGACUGGAACCCAGUAUCUCUUGAGUUUUUGCAUUAUCACCCAGAGCUCAUUAGGCCUGAAACAGCACCUCUGUUUUCGCUAGGAGCUAACAUCCACGAAUCUCUGAAAGCCUGCAGCCUGCAGUGUUUCAACUUCUCUCUUAAAUCAUCUGAUCCAAACUCUUAGCAGAAAAUUGGAAAGAAUGAAAAUAUCCAAUGUGCCUGCUCUUCACUUGACCCAGGCAGGCUGUGCAUCUUACUUGUUUCUGCAGAGGUACUUGUGAGGCAUCAUUAUUUCUGCUGCGUUGGGUUUAACUAAAUGCCUGUGCAAUUUCUAAAUCCAAUUUGUCCCUUAUUUUCAAAAUGCACCUUUAAAUACACCCACAGCACUUUUUUUUUGUUGAUGCGGCAACAGACAAAGUAGAGAGCGGCAAAACUGAUUGAUAGUAGAAGAUUAAAGGAGAGAAAAAGGAGGAUGGUGCUGAUCCACCUUAAGGAGUCUUUACAGCCAACCAGGAGGCAGGGUCAUUUUCUUUAAUAGCUCUUUUCCUUUAAAGCCUCCUAGCUCUUCCCGUGUUUACUCCCUUUAAAGAUGGCUGCGCCUCAUUACUUUAUUGUAGGGCAGCACUUGAAAAGUGUGUGUCAGCUGCACUGGUACAGCAGCACGGUCAAUAUUCAGCAUCCUGAAUGAAUCAUCUCCAUCCAUGCUCUGCUGCAGUGCUGCUGGCUGAGGCUAAACUACUGCCAUGCUGUCAUGUGUGCUCCUUCAGAUCACUAAUUUGUUCUCUCCUUCUCCCUUCCUCUUCUAAUUUCCACUCUC